AUGAAGGCUACAUUUGCAGUUGCCGCCGCCGCGGCCAUGGCCGGAGGUGUGAGCGCCAGCACAAUCCACAACCGCCACGCUCACGAGGGCUUCCACGCCCAGCUGGAGAAGAAGGCCUACGCCGCCGCCCCCAUUGACAACAGCACCUGCGGCUGCACCACCAUCUACUCCACCUACUAUGGUGAAGCUACUCUCCACAACCCCCCGCCUGCCAGCACCAGCAGCGCUGCUUCCUCGAGCAGCGUUGCUCCCAGCAGCACCAAGCCGCUGACCACGGCUGCCCCGACGACCUCGUCGACGCCCAUUGUUGUGCCCACUCCCGUGGCUCAGACUUGCCCGACCCCGGGUGUCUACACCUUCCCCGCCACCACGGUCACUCUAACUGAGACUACCACCGUGUGCGCCGCCUCGACCACCUCCGUCCCCGCCGGCACUCACACCCUGGGUGGUGUUACCACCAUCGUGGAGACCGCCACCACCGUGACCUGCCCGUACGCCACCGUCUCUACCAGCGGCAGCGUUACCACCAGCGUCAUUGAGACCACCACCUACGUCUGCCCGUCGGCUGGUACGUACACCAUUGCUCCCACGACCACCACCGUGACUGCGCCCACCACGGUUGUUGUCCCCGUUGUCAGCACCUACUGCCCUGGCACUUACACCCAGCCCGAGGUCGUGACCACCAUUGUUGACACCAGCACCGUCAUCUACUGCCCAUUUGACGUUCCCGCCACCACCACCGCUGCCGCUACUACUUCUGCUGCCGUCCCCGUCUACACCACCGCCUCGGUUGUUCCUACCACCGUUGCUUCCAGCACCAGCACCGGUUCAUCUUCCACUGCCACUGGUCUGACCGGUAACGGUGUUGCUCCCUGGGCCAUCACCUACACCCCCUACGAUAGCGAUGGAAGCUGCAAGUCCAGCAGUGCUGUCGCUGAGGAUAUUGCCGCUAUUGCCGCUUUCGGUGUCACUGCCGUCCGUGUCUACUCGACUGACUGCGACACCCUGCCCAACGUUGGUGGUGCCUGCGCCGACCACGGUCUCAAGAUGAUCCUUGGUAUCUACAUUGACGCCGCUCAGUGCACUUCCAACAACCCCACCGUUGAUGAGCAGAUCAGCUCCAUCAAGGAGUGGGCUCAGUGGGACCUCGUCGAUCUGAUCGUCGUCGCCAACGAGGCCAUCUUCAACGGAUACUGUACCGCAUCUGAGCUCGCUGACCUGAUCAACGAGUGCAAGUCUGAGUUCUCUGGUUACACUGGUCCCUACACCACCACCGACACCGUCGGCAUCUGGCAGGAGUCGACCACCACCGACGCUCUCUGCGAUGUCGUUGACAUUGUCGGUGCCCAGGCCCACGCUUACUUCAACUCCGAGACCGCUGCUGCUGAUGCUGGUACCUUUGUCCGCGGUCAGCUCGACAUUGUCAACGCCGUCUGCCCUGGCAAGGAGGCCCGUGUCCUCGAGACCGGCUGGCCUUCCGCCGGUACUUGCAACGGUGUCGCUUGCGCUGGUGUUGUCGAGCAGGCUGCUGCCAUUGCCUCGCUUCUCCUCGAGGUCAGCCAGGAGUCUGUCUUCUUCUCCUUGACCGACGACAAGUGGAAGGACGGCAACACAGACUGCCAGUGCGAGCAGCACUGGGGCUGCAGCUCUGCUCUGGGUCUUACCGGUCUUAGCCUUUAA